AUGAAUAAAUUCUUGUGCUCUGUUUUAUUGGUACUGGUUGGUAUAUGGUUAGCAACAGUUGGUUUCACUGAUGCUGUUCAAUGUACGUCAGACCCUAUUAUAAUAAACGGUGUAUUUGACUCUGAUAUAACGUCCAGAGAAGUCGGGGCAGUGUAUGAUUUUACCUGUAAUGGAACACUGGAAGAUACGGGAACUGUGACAUGCGAUGACAUUGGAGAUUGGACGACAAAUUUGACAUGUGAAGAAUGUUACUUACCAAAUAAAUAUUUCUACAUGCAGUACAGUUUUUAUUGCGUAUCUUCCGAAGAUGAAUGUGUCCAGAAAUGUGACGAGAUGAAUUGCAAAGCUUACUAUACUGUUAUUCGACAGAAUACGUGGUCUUCAUGUUACGUAUUCCUGCCAUAUAUAAUAUUCAGAGGUACAGGGAUGAGUGUUCAACAGUGUAUCGAUAAAUGUAAUGAGAUGGACGAAUGUCUGACUAUCAGAUAUAGGCCCAUUCGCGGUGACUUAUGCUAUCUAUUUAAAGUGACGGUGACAGAAUUAGUCGCCAUGGGUAAUGUGCUCAGAUCGACCAGUACUGGUACAAUAAUUGGGAAAAGAUCAAUUUGCCCCUAA